UUUCACGAAUCGUAGGAUGUUGCACCCUGGAUGUUUUGACCAAAUGUAACGUUACUUGCUUUAUUCGUGAUUAAUGUAUUUUUACUUGAUUUUACAGAUAAUGUAACUUGUAAUUGUUGCAAUAAUUCGACAUUGCAGCCAUGUUGCUUCCGUCUGACAUAGCGCGGCUCGUUUUAGGAUACAUGCAACAAGAGGGACUGUGUUCUACGAGCCAGGCAUUCAUUCGUGAAAGCCCCAAUUUGAAGGAGUACGCAGAACACAGCUCAGAUGAUGCAACUAUUCCUGCUUGUGUGUUUUCCCUCUUUGGGAAAAACCUGACAACUAUUUUGAAUGAGUAUGUUGCUGUCAAAGCUAAAGAGACGAUUGAAGAGACUCAGAUACCUGUCAUGAUGACAUCAUUGUGGAAAAAGCUUGAUUUCACACUCAAUCAAAUCAAGUCUAUGCAAAACUCCCCAGCUAUUAUCCAGAAUCAAAGACUCCGCACACGUAAUGGGAUCGUGAACUUGAGGGGGCGACAGAGAGCCUUGUCAUCAACGCAGUCCCCCAGCUCUGGGUUUCUGUCAUCGUCGGCCCAGGGCAUCGCCACCCCAGUCUGCUACAGCUCCCAGCAGACCAGACCCUCCCCCAUCUGCGGCACACAGCCCCAGAUCCAAGAUGGAGGACGUCUGCUCAUUAAUGUGAACCGGGAGUCACCUUUGCAAAUAACGGUUCCAGACAACCGGUUAACCACAGGACCAUUAUCCCCAGGGCGUCGGAAAUGGAGGAGAGGUGGGGGUUCCAGUGGAUCCGGUGGGACUGGAAGAGCCAACAUGGCGGCCAGUAGCCUGACAGCAGAGCCCCAGAGUGAAGAGGCAGUCACAGAGAAUUUCCCUCGAAUGUUGAUACAAAAUGCAAGAGAGAGGAUUCUAAAUGACAAGUCCUUACAAGAGAAGCUUGCUGAAAACAUCAACAAAAUUCUAGCAAGUGAUGUCAGUCCUCAGGCUUUAAAGGCAUCAUGCAGCACCAUGGAGCCUGACCAGUCAAUAGAUGAAAUUCUGGGCCUGCAGGGGGAGAUUCAUAUGUCUAAUGAUGUUAUACAAGACAUCUUGGAGCAGACAGAGUCCGACCCAGCCUUCCAGGCUCUCUUUGACCUCUUUGAUUACGGCAAAAGCAAAACCAGUGAGGAUACUGAACAAGGAGCUGGGAACGUGAGCAAUACCAUCACAGAGAAUGGUGAGACUGAGACUAGAUGUAUUGACGGCUCUCCUGAGACUGGAGACCCAGGCACUGGGCCUGAAAACUCGACAUGUGAACAAGAAAAUAGAGUAACAAAGUCCAGUCAAGAGCCCAAGAGUAAGAAAACAAGGAAAUCUGCACCUCCUGUUUCAAGCACUUCAAAGGCAACUCCUGGACCCAGUAGCAGAGGGUUGAGAAGGGGAGCUAUCUCAACAACUCCUGGACCCAGUAGCAGAGGGUUGAGAAGGGGAACUAGCUCAACAAAUCCUGGACUCAGUAGCAGAGGGUUGAGAAGGGGAGCUAGCUCAACAACUCCUGAACCCAGUAGCAAAGGGGUGAGAAGGGGAGAUAUUGCAACUCGACCCUCAGCACGUAUUGAUCAACUUACCGCCGCUGUUUCUUCUGCCGCAAAGGACUCUGAUAGAGUUGACUCAGGCUCCAUCUUUUAUCCGGAUGUAUCAGGCGUGGAUAUAGACAAAUCUCUCAAUACCCCCCUUGACAGUAUAGCUCCGCCAGAUGUCUUUGAGCCAGUCAGACAGGAGAGUGGAACAAUUCGUCCGGCGUCAGCAUGCAACACACCUUCAUCUGAAACCAGGACGGUCUCUGCUGUGAAAAACAUAUUAGGCAAUGAGAACACAGUGGGGGCUGAUGGCAGACAAGUGAUGGAUAACCAAGCUUCACUUCUUAACUCUUCACCUUCCCUGUUCAAUUCCAUGCCAAUGCUGGAUCAGUCAAACAAGGCUCCCAUACAGGCCUCUAACCUGCCUCAUAGGAAUAUUAACCCUCCCAGCAGUGUAGGAAUUUCACAACCUCUACCACAGACCAUACACUCUAUGGCUGUCCCCUCAACAGUUACAACAACUCCUGCUGCCCCAACCUUCAUCCCAAACCCCAACCCUACAGGCAAGGAAGUAGACCCCAGUAAGAUUGUGGCCCUGAAGAUCAUAAUCAGCGAUGAGCAGGAGGAGCCCUCCAGUGACUCUGCCCUGAACCAGGCUGUGUCCAGCAUCACUGGGGACAGGAUCCCCACCAUCUUCCUCUCCUCUCCCACCAAGUCACCUGCUAAGGCCCCGGCCCUCAGUGGAGCCCCAAUGGCUCAGGAGGAGACUGUGCAGGCGGUGAGCAGCUUACAGAGGACAGAAGUCCUCCUGCCAGCAGAGACCAAUCCUCUUAGUGAGAAAGCAGGGGAUGUGACAGCAUUAGCAGGGACGUCAUCUUCGUUGACACAGCCUGGCUACUACAUUCAGCUGCCCUUUGAUUCAGCCACAUCCACCAACAGCUACAUCUUAGUGACAGACACAACAGCUACAGACCCCCAGUCCAACAAGGUGAUAUUACCCAGUGGCGCCCCUCAGGUACAGACUGUACCCCCUACCUCAUAUACUCUGGCUACUCCACCCUGCUAUUCUCCUGUUCAGCCCAUGCUGCAAAGCAUGGUGGUUCCUGUAUCUGUUGUUGGGCAGAACAAUGCAACACAGUUCUCAGUAGUUCCUAAUCAGUUGAUAGCCAUGCCUAGCCCUGCUUCAGCAAAGCAGCCAGCAGCAGUGAAUACCGACCCUAAACUGGCUCCCAAGGACACCACAGUCUCAGGAAAAACGGGAGCUUCUGGAUCGAAUAUAGCUACAAAGCAGGUCCACCCGCAAUCCUCUGAAAGCACAGGGCAGCAGAAGGUAGCAGUUGGCUUGAGUCCCAGCCAUAGGAGGAUGCUUUGCUUUGAUGGGUCUGCUGGUGAAACUUCCACCUCCAAAGCUACAGUUACUGCUGUAUCGCCUGUCCAACAGGUGGAGAAAGAGAUACCUAAAUCUGCCUCUGCUAUCUUGGGGAGCAGCAGGCCAAAAAGGAGAAUAGAGACUGUAAGAUGUACAGACAGCACUCAGACAUCAUGGACCGGAACAGAGACAGAGAAAUCCUCCACUGUCCAAAAGCAGAAAGAAGGUGUGAAAAAGACCCCUUCAAAGAGGGACGCAGAUCAGAAUGCAAGAGGUCAAAGUGCAAGUACCAGUAGAUCUCAGAGUGCUGGUAGCAGUAGGACUGAUGCCUCACAGUCAGAGUCCAGGAAGAGAUCUCAAUCAGCAGACAAGAAGGAUGAUGGUGGAGCAGGACCUAAGGAUGCCCAGAGCCCCAGGUCCUCUUCCUCUGAUCACAGACUGAGAUCAGGGAGCAGGAAAGAGAAAGACACAUAUAGACAAGAGCCUACUGAGAAAUCUCCUGCCAAGGAGCCGGAGGGACAGACAGAGAAAAGGACAUCUUCUCAGGAUCCCCCUCAUGUCACUGCCAAUAAGGAGAAUGAGCUGGAGGGGGGAAGGCGAGAGCAGCAGCCCACACCAGCACCAAGAGCAUUCAGCCCGGCCCCACAAACCCCUGUCCCCCAGGCUUGCUCCAGCAAAUUCCCCUCCAAGACCAGCCCACUGACCAAGCAGGCAGCUGAAAUGCUCCACAACAUCCAGGGUCUAAACCCUCCCUCCUCCCCUCCUAAGAAGCCUGGCAUGGGCUGUCUGGAGCUGCCUCUUCCUCGGACCCCUGGCCGUCUCCAGGAGUCUCUAUACUGCCCCAGGACCCCUGCACGUCAGAAGCUAGACAGAAAUGGAGAGGGCACCCCCAGGCACCUGGUCCCUCCCACCACCCCGGACCUUCCCUCCUGCAGCCCAGCCAGCGAAGCAGGGAGUGAAAACAGCAUCAACAUGGCGGCUCACACACUGAUGAUCCUAUCCCGAGCCGCCAUUGCCAGGACAGGCACCCCACUGAAAGACAGUUUGCGCCAGGAGGGGGCUGGAUUAGUGACCCCUGUAGCCUUCAAGAGCAAGAAGCGCAAGCAGCCUGAGCCCCUGGCCAGCCCGCCAGCAAAGAAUGAUAUCUCAGGUUCAUCUAGCAGUAAGAAGAAAGCAAAGAAACAGCAGAAACUAAUGGAUUCCUUCCCCGAUGACUUGGAUGUGGAUAAGUUCCUGUCUUCACUGCAUUAUGAUGAGUGAUGGGUUGAGUUAUAGCAGUUGGACAAUGAGAUGAGAAUCUCCCAAACACUACCUACCUACUCUCCAGGAAUUGAACAAGCCAUAAUUUACUGUCACAGUGCCUAUGGUUAAAUCAUAGGUGUUAGGCACCUGUGGUCUAGUGGAGCAUGUCCUCAGCUAUUAUUUUUUAUUCUAUGGUAUGCCUGCUUGUAGGGUUUGUCCUACAUCCUUUGGCGUAACAACUAAUUAUACAUGUGAUGUAUAUACUGUAUAGACAUUAUUGCAGAAAUGCUAGAUUGAGAGCACUUUGGUUCCAUUCAAGGACUGUAAUGUUAAGAAUGGUUUCCCAAUCUUGUAUUAAUCAUUUCAAGAAUUCAAACCUUUUUCAAUAUUUCACUGUGUCUAGACUUUAAAUGAUCCACCCAACACACUAUGGCUGUGGUUCGACAGGCAGCACAAUUCUGAUCUUUAUUUCACUAAUUGGUAUUUUGACCAGAUCAGCUGUGAAAAAGAUUGGUCAAAAAGACCAAUUAGUGGGAAAAAAUAUCAGAAUUGGGCUGCGUGGUGUGUGUGUGUAAAAUACAUUUGUGCAGAUGUUUUCUUUACUAGUGAUUUUAAAUUAAAUCUUGUUUUAGAAAAAUCUA